UCAGUUCAUUAUGUCAGGCACCACUCAAGCAGCCCUUGACGACACAAUUUAUCCAAAGGGGGGCUGGAUCAAAGUGAUCGACAACAACUUUCAGCUUGACUUCAAAGUACUCAAAUGCGAGGACCCCAUAAUCCCGGCACUAUCUCUGGACCGCCUUCAAUAAAGCUCACCCGGUACCAGAGAUAUACUUACAACAGUUCUGGGGGCACAUGCACACCGAAUCAAAGAAGGAUCGCUCUAAAAUUAUGACCAAGCUCAACAACAUGAGAGUGAUCCUGACGCCAUCGACGCUACGGACCACAUUAGAGCUGCCGGCACAUGACUCCUAUGACCCUCUUCCAGCUGUUAAAGAUAUGCUCAAGGACAUAGAGAGUCUGGGAUAUGAUUCACUGCUCCCUCAAUUAUCCAACUUCUGUGGGGCCAAUCUCAGACACCCAUGGAAGAGCCUCUUCGGUUUGGUCAACCAGUGCCUCUCACCAAAGCAUGCCGGCUUCGACAAGUGCAACAAGCAAAUCCUCCAGAUCUUCCAUGGCAUUGCAUUCAAUCGAAAAUACGCCAGGGCCGCACUAUUCUUCACUGAACUUAUGGAUCUCGUGAAGGCCAAGGAAAACAACAAGAGGGACAUCGUUCCAUAUGCCAGAUGGCUGAGCCUAAUCAUCCACGAAACCAUGACGACACAUCAUGCCAUACCUCAACGCAACAAUGAGCCACACUUCGCAGCCCCUAAGUUCCGAUACUUCAAGCAGGACAAGGAUGUUGAACCUGGAACGAGAAUCCCGGACUACUUGCUGAAUCUGGUCAAUCCAAAGAAUCCAGUCGUGGCUCAGUACAAAACCGAUCUUGAAAGAACAAUCCCUAUGGUUCAGCAAAACCCACCUGGACCUACCCGGGGACUAAACCGAGUGCAUGUGAGGGUCCAAAUAGAGCCCCAAAGCCACAGAAACCAGUGGCAUGUCGGCCCUAUGAAGGAAAGUCUGUCGACUCUUCCGAGAGAACUCAGACGACUGAGGGCACACCGACGAACGCUGAGGAACCUGCCGAUGAAUCGCUCAGCCCUGACGAUGAGGCAUCCGAUAGUGUGGCCAUCCAAAGUGAUGAUGAGGACGAUGAUGAUGAUGACGAUGAUGGUAUUGAGGCUACCUACGCCCUGAUCCGCAAAGGGAAGAUGAUUGUUGAGCCUCCCAAGAAGAUCACUGCUGAAGAGGCACAAGCGGUUCUAGGCAUUCGCCCCAAGACUUUCACCAUAAAUGAGACUCCGCAGUCACAGAGUGUACACGAUGAAAUCAACCGAUCCAAAUCGGAUUAUGAUGAGGGCGACCAUGUGGUAAAAAAUUCUGAAAACAUCGUCAUCAGAGAGAAAUGUGCAAAGCUGAAAAACGAUGUUCCUCCGUCAUCCAAGCUUGCAAAGAAACGCCUCGUCACAAGGAACUUAAUAGACGAGGACGACAUGACUAUUUUUGCCGAUUGUGACCCAUUCAUCCACAUAAGCCGAGCCACAUCCCUAAGUACAGGAGCCAACCUUUUCGGUUCCCGAGUAGAAGCCGCAACAUCAGGCUCAACUGCGCAUGCACAGCCCUCUCCCAGCCACUCUUUAGCCUCCCAACAUGCUAAAGUUUCACCACCUUGGGAUUUACUCACCUCUCUGGUCUCUUCUGGAUCAGUUGAGCAAACUAGUGGGCAACCGCCUAAGACCACAACCCCUCCUUCGCACACAUCGAGUCUAGGUGUCACUUCCUAAAUUUUCUGAUUUUUCUGGGACACCUACACUUCUCACCGCACAGACAGAUACACACACCCUGGAUGUAACUUUUGCAUUCGAACUAUCAGCUUUAGCGCUCAUCAUUCUGUAAACAGUCCACGGUAUAUCAAAGAGGGUUUCACCGAUCAUCUGCUUCAUAUCAUUAUCUGAACUCUUGUUUGUAUUACUGUAAUACCAUUUCAUUGCUGUUAGAUCUUUAUCAUUGAAUCAGGGACCAACAUUGGUCUAUCCAUUAUCCAUAUCAACUCCAUAAACAAAUGGACCACUAACCAACUAUAUAUUUCUAGGGGUGGGCGCGGUCCGGAACGGUCCGGUAAACUAGUAAAACCCGUAAUGUAUCCGCUAGGUUUUUAACGGUCUGGUAUGGUCCGAGUUCAAGGAUAGAACCGUUCGGUACCAUGCCGUUUCGGAAAGGUACAAAACGGUACGGUACAAUUCCAAACACAUGUUAAAAAAUUUGAACAAAUCUUGCAAUUGGUAGAUAUCUUCACACCAACCAACUCAAAUGAAAUAUUGAUAUAAAUACAAGAAAUUGCAUAUGUAGUACUAAAAUUCACAAAUACACAAAUAGUGCAACACAACUAAGAAAAAGUAUAGCAAAAUGAUGACGCACGAGAUAAA